GCUUGCAGUGAAGUCGAGUCAGGAGUCAGGCAGGUCUGAGUCAGCCUGACGGAUCCAGGAAGUGCGUUUAUUUCUAAUUUUAACACUAAAAUACGACGGUGAACGGAGGCAGAGAUGUCUGCAGCUGCUUCUCAGACAGAGCUCAUGCUGGUGGUGCUGGGCCGGACUGGGGAGGGAAAGAGACCCGUAGUCAGCACCAUCCUGAACCUACAAGACAACGAGGAGGGCAAAGAGGCUGCAGAGACCCAGAAGUGCAGCAAACACAGAGGAGAGGCUGCAGGCAGAAAGGUGUCCGUGGUCUCCACUCCAGCCUGGUUCAGCUCAGACUGCGACCUAAAUGAUAGAGGAUAUCACAUUUCCUCCUUCAUCGCCUUAUCUACCCCCGGACCUCACGCCUUUCUUCUGUGCGUCCCUGUGAAUCAGCCAGCUGACGGAGAGGCUAAAGCUCUGGACGUCCUGGAGGGGCUGCUUGGCCCCUCCGCUGUCAGCACCCACACCAUCGUUCUCUUCACCCACACCGAGGAGCUGGAGGAGGAUGAGCAGCUGGAGGAUUACCUCGUCACUUGGAGGAAGGAUCUCCAGCAGCUGGUGGGGAGAUGUGGAGACCGAUACCACACCCUGGAGACCCGAGGAGGAGACGCAGAGGAGAGGAGAGCGGUGGAAGAGCUGCUGGAGAAGGUGGAGGAGAUUGGGCUGGAUCACUUCAGCUGUUGUCUGUACGAGCAGGCGGAGAGGAGGGUGAAGAAGAGACAGGAGGAGCUGGUGUUGAAAAACGACCACGUGGAAAGCACCACAGAAGAAGAAAUGGAAGCAGUGAGAGAGGAGGCGGAGAGAAGCAUCGAAGACUUGGACGUAGAUGUGAAGGGAUUUUUCCCCUCCGUCAGCGUCUCCGCCUCCUCCCCUGCUCCUUCCUUCUUCUGGGUUUUGUGGGAGAAGCUGGCUGGAUGGGUGAGUCGUCUGCCCAAACUGGUGAGGCGAGAGGCCUUACUGGGGGCCCUGGUCGGGCUGUUUGUGGGCGGCCCGUUUGGGGGGAUAAUGGGGGCCACUGUGGGGUCGGUGGCGACAGAGGUGGCGAGAAGAAAAACACAGAAACAGAAAUAAGAACUUUUCUAUCUGCUUAAAUUUGCACCUUUAAGUCACUUCACUGUGUUCAGCUCUCUCUGUAUCACUGAGCUAUUAGCUUAGCUGCUAACACCUUUAAAGACAGUAUUAAAGCUCCAACACUGAGCACCAGCACCAGUGAGAUUACACCUAAGGCUAUACCUCUUUCUAGGCAGACACACUGAUGCUGUUUUCACACAUGCACGCCUGGAAAUGUCCAGCCCCAGGCUAUAAUGAUAUUUUCCCUCCUUUGCAUUAAUGCUACAUGUUUUUGGGCGUUUACAAACUACAAACGAACGAGAAGGAGGAACAUGUCUGCUGAUAUUUGCAACCAAUACAUUGGCUGUAAAUAUCAGCUAUAUGUAGGAAUACGUUUGUAAAACGUCAGGAAUAAGGAUGCACAAAUAAAAAGACUUCAGCCAGUGUAGGUCUGUGGGACCUGCUUACAUUUUACAGCGUGUUUUAAAGAGUUAAGCUUGUCUUAGGUCUGGACCACAUUUAUAUAUCAGUGUUGAUGUUGGUAUCAGCUGAAAUUGACUUGUAAAAUCGGCAUUCCUGCAAAAAUCCAAUAUUGUGCAUGCCUAAUUCUGAAGGACGACACACGUUAAAACUGCUUUUGCACACUGGAGAACCCGACUCCUUGCAGAAAUGUUACUAGGAGGCUGCAGGAAACAAGUUUGAAUGAAAUCAGGGUGAAAAAUGCAGCUGUUUGCAUGCUCACCCCAAAUCUUAAGGGGAAUUUUUAGGAGUUGGUGCAUGUGUGAAUACAGUCUGUAAUAUCUAAAUGCCUCUACAGUGGUUUAUAAUUCAUGUUUCAUGGAUCAGUAAUCAUUUUUCUUUGUUGUUGGUUAUCCCCCUGCAGUAUAACCUCCUCCUAUAUGUAUUUUUACCUAGUAUAAAGGUAUCAAUCUUAAUGGAUGAAGUGCCUGUGUCCACAGCCUCUUUAUUCCGCUCACAACAAUGUAGUCCAGCAGAGUCAGCACUCAGCAUUUGCAGCAAAAACCUCAGCAUCAGCCAAUUUUCGUCUCAUGUCUUUGAUCUACAUUAGGGAGACACGUUACUCAUCUUAGAUCAGGCCUGUCCAACCUUUUUCCACUGAGGGCCACAUACAGAAAUAUACAGGGAUGUUGGGGCCACUUAAAUAUCCAGAAGGUGAGGUAUAUGGCGUUUAUUAAGUCAGAAGCAGAAUAAAGGAGGAGCUGGGGUGGAGGAAGGUUGCAGCUUGCAGAGAGAGCCGCAGAACGUGAGAGUGAUUGACCAGUGGUGUGGUUAGAGCAAAUCAGCUGGUUGUCAGCUGAUCGGGGCAGAGCUUGACUCCAUGGCCUUUUUAUACUAACACUAAAUGCUCGAUUUAAUGGCUGACAAGGCAAAGAGAAAAUCAUUUCAGGUUUUUGGGGAUGCCAAUCACAUUUUGGGCACCCCUGUUUGGCCCCUAGCUGCCACUUGCUCAACCCAUGGAAUAUUAUUGGUACUGCUCUUUGCUGCCAAAACUCAUCAGGGAGUUAGAAAACAAGGUAUUAUUAUUUUGAUUGCUAAUAUUCCACCAUGUACAGUGUUGUCCCAGUUCAGUCACAAAAGACACAUCAAUAAAUUCUUGCUGAUGUUUGUUUACAGCGUUAGCAUGGAAGCACAAUCUUCUGCUGAAACUAUGAAGUACAAUACAGUGAAACACAAACUCCAUGUUUAAAUGUGGGACAUAUUUAAUUUUAUUUCUAGAAUUUACUGUGAGCCCAUCAAAUUGGGACCAAGGGAAUAUGAAAAAAUGGUCACAUGCAAUAAAUAUAUCAUUAUUCAUCCGCAAUGCAGGUGUUGUGCUCAGAAAAGCAUCCAGACAAUCAUGUGCCUGUCACUGGCACCUUUUUAUAAGGAAAAACAGCAUCCUGAUCAGAUUACUGUCACUUUUUCUACGUCAGGUGAAAGAAUUUGUGUUUUUAUAACUAGAUAAGAAUUUUUUUUAAAACUUUUUUUUAAUAAACAUUUAUACAGUAGCUACAUUAAAGCACACAUUACAACCAAUGAGAAUAAUCCACCUCUAACUAAUCUGAAUGACAUAAUUUAACAACAUGAUGGGCACAUGAUUCACAGGAUGCUUUUCUGAACAAAACACAUAGACGGAGUUAUGCAAACGAAUAAUAUCAAACUGCUUGUAGCUAUUUUUACAUGUUCCAUUCUUUGAUCCAAGUAUAAAUAUCCAAAAUAAAAAACAAAUCCUUGAUUUGAUUUUGUUUCAGAAAUUAAAGAAACCAUUUUUCAUUUAUUUGUUACUCAGUAAACAAUCAAAUAUCAACUAAACGGAUGAUACACAGAUUAUGAUCAAGCACUGUGAUUUUGUUUUUGUUGUGAGACAUAUUUGCACCAUGAAUGAAGUUAUCCACUGAGUUAGAGUUCCUGCCUGUGACUUUAGGAGCUUCUAAAGGAAGUCCCUAGUGCUUAUUCUUUAUCCGUAUGAAUUAACUUUUACUCGGGUGUAAUAGUCGUUUACUUUUCCACCUCUAUGUAAUUUCGGACACUGUGGCUGUGUCCAAAAUCACUCCCCAUUCACUAUACAGUGCACUUUAUAGUGAAUACGCCAUUUUGUAGUGGUGUCCGAAUUCUGAGUGAGUAUUGUUACUCACUUUGGAGUGCACUCAUUCUAUCCCACAAUGCAUCUUGAAAAGUAGUGAACAGCCGAUGCUCACUAGCCCAGCAAUAUUUACCAUCAUGCAUCGCUGUUGCUGCUCUCAAACAUGACGGACGAAUAAGAGGAGCAGAGAAACACAUAUAAAAACUUUUAAAAUGAUUUUUUCUUUGUUGAUUUUAACCAAAGUAUUUAAUCUGUAAGAAAAUGUUAAGGAUUCAAAACAGAGCAACUUUUUCCCCUUAUGAGGAUUACAAGACAUGAGAACAUGAUCUUUAUGCAAAAAUAAGUGAUAAUACACAAAAAUGUAUAUUAUUAUGCCACUAAAGACACAAACUUCUUCAUCCCUUACUAUUUUUUUUUGUGUGUGAAAAUACGUUACGUUCAGUAUCAGUUUUUAGUGAAAUUCUACUGUUAAUUUCGAUCCUCCACCGUUGUCAUGGAAAUCUACGAACUGUUGUUGCUAAACAUUGUAAUUGUGAGACGGCGAUGACGUUAUUUCCUGCGGCCAGAGCCGUGUCUGAAAUCAUUUUUGUGUUUUGCAGUUGAGUCUACUAUAUAGUCCACUUUAUGCUGCUCACUAUAUUAUGGACAGGGAGUAGGGAAUAGGUGUGUGGUUUCGGACACAGCCACUGAGGACAUCUGUGCAAAAUCUGAAGAAAUUCCCUCUUAGUACUCUUGAGAUGUUGCAUUUACAAGUAAGGGAUGAACAUUGGGUCUAAUGAUCUUGACCUCUGACCUAUGAGCUCCAAAAUGUAGUCUAAUCACCCUUGAUUCAGGGUGGAUUUUUGUGCAAAAUUCUGAUAAAGUUCCUUGAAGAAUUCAUGAGAUAUUGCAUUCACAAGACAGACCUGGAGGAGCAACCUAAAACAAAAUAUAGACAUAAAAUUGAGCAUUAAACUGCAGGAGGAUUCACAACAAACAAAAGAGAAUUUACAGCUUUAUCAACCACUGAAAUUUCAAGUAUAACAACUCUAAACCUCUUUUAAACUCUAAGACAGAUUACUUCAGAUGGCUGUAACACUUUGAUAAAGAUGUAAUACUAUAAAACAUCCACAAGGUGGAGACACUGACCUUUAUAUGGAGGUGUUUAAAUGUUUAAAGACUUUAUUCUGCUUAUGAAGCAAAUAAAAGCUGCUGUUAAAAUGA